CAGGCGAGCGCCAUGGCCGGGGAGCGCGCACUGCUAGCGGCUCGCCAGGGCGAUUUGGAGGCGCUGAAGGCGCUGCUGCCUCCGGCGGCCGAGCGGGGGGUCCCGCUGCUGCCCCCCGCCGCCCUCCGGGACCCGCUGGGCGCCUCGCCCGUCCACCACGCCGCCCGCGCCGGGAAACUGCGCUGCUUGCGCUACCUGGUGGAGGAUGCCGCGCUGGGCGCGCAGGGGCGGGCGCGCAACGGGGCCACCCCGGCCCACGACGCCGCCGCCACCGGCCACCUGGCCUGCCUGCAGUGGCUGCUCGGGCCCGGCGGCUGCCGCGUCCAGGAUGCGGAUCAUUCGGGGGCCACCGUCCUGCACCUGGCGGCCCGCUUCGGCCACCACGACGUCAUCGACUGGCUCUUGCGCUUCGGGAACGGCGACCCGCUUGUGCCCACCGAGACGGGCGCACUGCCCAUCCACUACGCUGCCACCAAAGGAGAUUUUCCUUCCCUCCAUCUGAUCCUCGGACACUGUCCCAGUUCGGUCAACGCCCAAACCAAGAACGGUGCCACCCCACUGUAUUUAGCCUGCCAAGAGGGUCACAUGGAGAUUGUCCAGUAUUUGGUCAAGGAGUGUGGGGCUGACCCUCACUUACGCGCCAACGAUGGCAUGACACCCCUCCACGCCGCAGCUCAGAUGGGCCACAACUCCGUCAUUGUCUGGCUGAUGAGUUUCACCGACGUGAACCUGUCGGAGCAGGACGAAGACGGGGCCACGCCGAUGCAUUUCGCGGCCAGUCGGGGCCACGCCAAAGUCCUGAGUUGGCUGCUCUUACACGGAGGGGAGAUCGUGGUGGACCAGUGGGGGGGGACCCCUUUGCACGACGCCGCGGAGAAUGGGGAGCUGGAGUGCUGUCAGAUCCUCGUGGUUAACGGCGUCGACCUCAGCCUGCGCGACCAAGACGGCUACACCGCUGUGGACCUUGCCGACUACAACGGCCACUUGCAGUGCGCCAAGUACCUGCGGACGGUGGAAAACAUGAGCGUGGAGCACCGGGUGUUGUCCCGAGACCCCUCGGCCGACAUGGAACUCAAGCAGCCGGAUUCCGGCCUGUCCUCGCCCCACACCACCGUCUCGGCCCCCCAGACCCAUUUCGACAUGGGGUCUCCGAGCAGCAUCUUCUCCAACUACGAUUCCUCGCACUCGAGUCAAUCCAGCACGGGGGAGAAGAGGAAUUACACAGGGCCGCGAGUCCCCGAAACGGCGCUCACCGAUAUGCAGACCUAUAUGGACAUGCUAAACCCAGAACUGGCCCCGGGUCCCGCAAAGACGGGGAGCCAAACCGCUCCACCCCCACCUCCAAAUUUCCCAGCGCCUUCUCCCCCCUCUCGCCCCAAGGGCCUCCCCCCACCACCAGGCUACCCGGCGCCGAACCCCCCCGAAAUGCCGCACACCGCCGAGAUUUACGUCCAAGCCAAAAAUAACCUUCGACACGUGGACAGUGAAACCCUCAAACAAGAGCUCACCUGCCAACAACUGCAACGGACGGAUUCCAGCAGGAGAUCCAGAAGAUUCAGCAAACAGCCGAGUACGGGGGAUUACUACAAACGUCUGGAUAACGGCGGAGGUGGAGAGCAGAACAGGAGAACGUCCAGGAUGGCCCACAGCGAGGAGGCUCCGCUUCUCUCCAGCCAGAAAGUACACAACGGAAGCAUGGCGGAGAAGACGCCCACCGGAGAGGCCCCUCCCCCGCCUCCCCCCCUCCCCGAGGGGGGCUGCUCCCCGCCUCCCCCUCCUCCCCUGCCUGCGGAGCACACACCUCCCUCAACCGGCCAGCGAAGGUCCUCUUCUUCCACUGGAAGCACCAAAUCUUUUAACAUGAUGUCCCCGACGGCCGACAAUUCGGAGCUGCUGGCCGAAAUCAAAGCCGGGAAGAAUUUGAAGCACCCUCAAAGUAAGGGAUUCACCACCAUCUUCUUUGGCUGUGGCCAAGUGGGCACCAACGCUGAGUUCCCUACCGCUUCCUCGUCCCCCGCGGGGACGCCAACGCCCCCCUCUACUCCCGAGGAAGCCUCCGGAUUCAGAGCUUCCGGCUCGCCCAAGCUGGAGAUCAACGGUUCUAUGAGCCCCUUCGGGACCCCAACCGGCCACACGGACCUGGAGGGCCUGAUCCCCACGCACGAUGAGCAGGGGAGGCCCCUCCCAGAGUGGAAAAGACAAGUGAUGCUGCGUAAGCUACAGAUGAAGGUCCAGGAAGAGGAAGAGCAGAGACGCCAGGAAAGAGAAGAUGAGGCCCGUCUGGCUGGCAUGCCAGCUUGGAGACGGGAUAUUUUCCGGAAAAAGAUGGAAGAGGAGAGGUUGCAAAAACGACGAGAGGAAGAAAAACUGCGAAGGAUCGAGGAAGAGAAGGAGAAGGAACAAGUGGAGAAACUAAAGACUCUCGGCUUUGACGAGAACAAACUGACCCCGUGGCAAAGGCAGAUUAUCCUCAAAAAAGGAGAUAUGGUGAAAUAUUAACCCUUCUCCGCACUUUGGGGGAUGCCCGUUUUGAUCCUGGAGCCUGGCGGCUGCAGGAAAAGCAAAGAUCCGUGUCUUCUGGUUCGCAGUCUCCAGAUCUUCUACGCUUGUCACCGGAUCCAUCCAGGGUCUCUCCCUCUCGAUCAGUCGUUCUGUUAAAUUUUCAUUUGUUCGACUCCAAAUUCUUUUGGGAUCUGUCCCUCUCGAUCGCUCGUUCUGCGAAAUGUCUGCUCGUUCAACCCAAACCCAGAUCCACCAAGGAUGUCUUCCUCUCUAUCACUCGUUUUGUUAAAUUUCCAUUCGUUCGAUCUCAAAUCCUUUUGGGAUCCGUCCCUCUCGAUCACUUGUUUUGUUAAAUUUCCAUUUGUUGAACCGCAAAUCCUUUUGGGAUCUGUCCCUCUCGAUCUCUCGUUCUGCGAAAUGUCUACUCGUUCAACCCAAACCCAAAUCCUUUUGGGACCUGUCCCUCUCGUUCACUCGUUUCGCUAAAUGUCCGUCAACCCAAACUCAGAUCCUUUCAGGAUCUUUCCCUUUCGAUUCCUCAUUUAUCUAAAUUUCUUUUGUUCAAA